GUGUGCAUUGAAGAUCAUUAAUGUGAAGAGAGUCAUUUAUAUAUAAAAUCCCGAAAUACAUUUGUGAAUCCUUCUGUGUGCAUUUAUUAUUGAUGCGACUGAUCUGACUCCAAAGUUUGGGCUUAUAAAUAAUUUCCACUUUUAUUUUGGAAAUCAAUAAGGUGCGGAAGUGAUACCGGAAGCGAUUGUGCUUACCGAGGCUAACAUGCUAACUUUUUCCGUUACGGACCACGUGCGUUACCAUAAGAUCCAGUCGGAGUGAACCAGCAGAGCCUGUGUGUUUGGAUAAACCUGUUGAAGCGGACUUUGUGUGAACUUUCGGGAUGUUUCACCGCAGACUCAUCUCCUGUUAGCCAAGAAUGCUAAAGGAAGUUAGCGCAGCUUGCUAGCAGGAAGUAGACGGAGACGGAGCUCGGCCUCACAGUGCUAGUCGGAGUAGCUUCGAUAGAGACCAAACUGUAUUUUCACGGAGCCAAAGUGUCCAAAUGUCCAGACAGACCUGUCUGAAGAGACUCUGCGCUGUUCGCUUUAUUUGAAAAUGUUUAGCAUCUGAAUUAUCUCCCGGCGUCCUACGGAGCUAAUGGAGUUAGCUUAGCUUGCUAGCAGGAAGUAGACGGACGCGAACGUGAUGUAACUUAGCAACACAGCGCGCAUCAGAGUGAGCAGACAGUUUUUAACGGAGUGAGUCUGGAGGAAAAGCUGCUGUGAAGCUGUGAAAAUGUUUAAAAUCCAGAACGAGGAGGAACUUUGUGGACAACGCAAACUACUGGACGCUGUUUUCCAGCCUGAAGUCCGGCUGCACAGAGCAGACGUCCAGAUGCUGUUGGUGAGUAAAGAAGAGGAUCCCCCUGAGCAGCAGGACUGGAGCCCCAGUCUGGACCAGGAGGACCCACCAGAGCCCCUACACAUUAAAGAGGAACCAGAGGAGCUCUGGACCAGUCAGGAGGGAGAGCAGCUUCGAGGGCUGGAGGAGGCCGAUAUCACCAAGUUCACAUUCACUCCUGUCCCUGUGAAGAGUGAAGAAGAUGAUGAAGAGAAACCUCAGCCCUCACAGCUUCAUCUAAGACUAAGUAAACAUAUUAAAACAGAAGCCGAUGGAGGACCAGAACCAGCCAGGAUCUCAGAUCCAGAUACACAUCUAAAACUAGAUACUGAUGACGAAACGUCAGACUCCUCUGAAUCUGAGACUGAUGACAGUUGUGAUUGGGAGGAGACCAGGGAACCUCAGUCAGGUUUAAACCCUCUGCAGAACAAUGAAGUACCUGUAAGUGAUCAGGAAUGUAAUACUGGAAAAACAUCAGGUAGCUCCUCUGAAUGUGCUACAAGCUUUGGUCACAAGGAACAUCUGCAGAAACAAGAUGGACUCCAAACAGGAGAGAAACCAUUUAGUUGCUCAGUUUGUGGUAAACGAUAUUCUGGGAAGAACUCCUUAAUGACUCAUAUGAGACUUCAUUCAGAAGGAAAACGUUUCAGCUGCUCAGUUUGUAAAAAAACUUUUCCAUGGAGAAGAGAAGUUGUGAGGCACAUGAGAAUCCACACAGGAGAGAAACCCUUCAUUUGUUCUGUUUGUGGUAAAGGAUUUGCAGAAAAGACACAUCUGAGACGACACUCGACUGUCCACGUAAGGGAGAAACCAUUCAGUUGUUCAGUUUGUGGUAAAGGAUUUGGACAAAGGGGAAAUCUGAAACAACACUUGACUGUCCACACAGGGGAGAAACCAUUCAGUUGUUCAGUUUGUGGUAAAGGAUUUGUAGAUAAGGGAAAUCUAACACGACACUUGACUGUCCACACAGGGGAGAAACCAUUUAGUUGUUCUGUCUGCGGUAAAGGAUUUGCACAAAAGACACAUCUGAGACGACAUUCAACUGUCCACACAGCAGAAAAAACAUGUAGUUCUUCAGUUUGUGGUAAAGGAUUUGUUGAUCAGGGAAGUCUGAAUCAACACUUGACUGUUGACACAAGGGGGAAACCAUUUAGUUGUUCAGUUUGUGGUAAAAGAUUUGUAGAUAGGGGAACUCUGAGACGACACAUGACUGUCCACACAGGGGAGAAAUCCUUCAGUUGUUCUGUCUGUGGUAAAGGAUUUGCACAGAAGACACAUCUGAGACGCCACUCGACUGUCCACACAGGGGAGAAACCAUUUAGUUGUUCAGUUUGUGGUAAAGGAUUUGGAGAAGGGGGGACUCUGAGACGACACAUAAGAAUCCAUACUGGGGAGAAACCAUUUAUUUGUUCAGUUUGUGGUAAAGGAUUUGUAGAAAGGGGAAAUCUGAAACAACACUUGACUGUCCACACAGGGGAGAAACCAUGUAUUUGUUCAGUUUGUGGCAAAGCAUUUGUAGAUAGGGGAACUGUGAGACGACACAUGAAAAUCCACACUGGGGAGAAACCCUUCAGUUGUUCAGUUUGUGGUAAAGGAUUUGGAGAAAGGGGAAAUCUGAAAAAACACCUGACUGUCCACGCAGUGGAGAAACCAUUUAGUUGUUCGGUUUGUGGUAAAGCAUUCACUCUGCUUCAUAUGUUCAAAAACCACAAGUGUGCUGGUGAGAGCAGCGGAAGUAAAUGAAGCUGCAGAGAUGCAUGUUGAGCCAAUUCCUUCCAGCAGGAUCUGAAGUACUGAGGACAAGACUCAGCUCAACACUGAUCAGUUCAAAACUGUGAUACAGACUCCAAAAUAAGACGUGCGUCAUCUUUUCAGCUAAGAUGAAACCAUGAUCAACGUGGAUUCUGAUGAACAUCUUGUAUCUUUAUUGAUAAAAGAAUUAGCCUCUAGAUCAUGAAAUAGACUCUGUUAGGACUCAAAGAUGAACGUCCCCCAAACGUCUUCACAAGUCAUAAAACAGACCCCGCCAGGUCCCAAGGAGGACAGUAAUGGGACGUUAAGUGACAACUUUACGAUGCACAGACCUCAAACUGACCCAGUACCCCCACAUCGCAGGGGGAUGGAAGUCAUUGAUAUGUUUUGUGUCAUUAACCAUAUGAAAAGUAUGUGAAGUUUUGAGCCCUGAACUAAUGGGAACAGUUUCUUUAUAUGAAGAAAUUAAGUGUGUAUGAUAGUUUUACAAGGCAUGGCACCAUUUUGUUGUGGUGACACAAAACAUUUUUUUCAGUAACAUGUUUGGUAAUUUGGGACACACAGUUUCUUUAGUGUAGGCCCUUGGAGUCAACUCUAAUGACAUAUUUCAAACUGAUUUCUUGUUUUCUUAACUGAUUGACUGCGGACCACCUACUGCCCCUCUGUUCCUGCUCAACAACCGCUACUACAAAUAUUAUUAUUAGUCUUAUUAUCAGUUAUUACUAUUUUUUUAUUAUUAUUAUUUAUCUGCCUCUUAAAAGGAAGUUUUUCCUUCCCACUGUCGCCAAAUUCUUGCUCAUGGUGGGAAUUGUUGGGUCUCUGUAAGUAGUAUUAUUUAUUUAUGAGUACAGUCUAGACCUGCUCAAUAGAAAAAGUGAAAUGAAAUAACUUCUUUGAUGAAUUGGUGCUAUAUAAAUAAAAUAGUAUUGAAUUAACCUAAAUAUAAAUUAAAUAUGUCUAAGGUUAUUUGAAAUAAUGGACUAGCCUAUUAUGACAUGUUCAUUCUGUCCUCAUUCCACUUAUUGCAAUUGAGAUGGCGUGUUUAGACUGUUUAUAGAGCUGACGAAAUAGGAAAUGUAAUAAAAUAAUUUUCAUAACAAAUUAAGUGAUCAUAGCUUGCAAUAAGACAAAAAGUAAGCUGGAAUACCAAAUCUCACAGCCCGUCAGGGGGGCAUGUGUAUUUGGUCUGCCUGCCACCUGACAUGUAUUGAUUUUUAUUUUACUAUUUCAUUUGCUGUAAUAAGUAUAUAUGCAUAUAGGAACAUAUGUAUUUGUGUUGUCAUAAUAACAAAUGUUGUACAUUAUUGCCAUUUAAACCUCGGUUAACAGUCUCUUACUUAUUGCGAAGUGAAUAAUUCUGUUUAUUCAUAAAAGAUGUUUGGUGUCUUUCAGCAACUGAGUAGGCCAACCUUUUAAACAUGGAAGCAUCAAACAUGUAAUAAACUUACUUCUUUCAUUCUUUAGGAAAGAAAUUAAAACAAAAAUAAUUAAGACAAGAUAGUUGGAUGGGGGAGUAGGAUCUCCCUUCAAUAUAAUCAUGACAUGGAAUCGUAAAACAUUUCACAAGUGCUUCCCAAAACCUCUCAGCUGCUGGUGUAACGGUGCAUUUUACUGGUCAAUACUAAAGUUGUAUCCGCUGUCUCCUGUGUUUCCACAAAUUUAGACAUCUUCUUAUCAUUCACUGCUUUAUCUGGUAUACACUGGUCCUCAGUGAUUUAUUAUUUGUUCAUUGCUGUAUUCAUAACAUUUAUUCAUGUUUGCAUUUGUUCGUUAAUUUGUUGUUUAGCAGUUAUUAGUUAUGUGGUAGUUUACUGUGUGUGUACUUAGUAGUUUAAUAAACCUUUAAUUUAUCAAGAACAUGAUUUUUAUGUGGUUGGUGCAUAUGAGGUAUUAUGAUCACUGUACACAAAGUCAAGAAGUCCAUAGCAACCUUCUAACCGACUAAAUUAAUUAAUUGGCUAUCAAUUUCCCCCCAUUCUUUUUUGAUAGCUGGAAGUGUGUGUAAAUCUGCUCCUCUUACUGCUGGGGUAAGAACUCAGCCUUGUACAUGGGGCAUGCGCUCUACCAGGUGAGCUACCUGCACCCCUUGAGGUCGGUUUUAGACCGGUUCCAGACUUUUGGACCUAUGAAGACCUCGUCAGACUCUUGUCAACCAGCAGCUGCAGUUUCUACAUGUGCUUCUCUAUAAAAUGCCACUGAGAUAAAUGUAAAAUGAUGUGUUGCUGUGAGAAGAUUUUUGAAAGAAGUUAAUUUUUUACUGGAAACUGGUUGUAAUAUUCUCACGGCUUAAACAUGUUUUCAUUUGUUCUAAGAAAAUGUUUUUAAAAUCUCAAUAACAGGAAUAAAUGAGUAAAUACAAUGUUUAUAAUGAUUCAUUUUGUGUUGAUUUAUGAUAUGAUUCCAUUGUAACCUUUUUGUAAACCAUUAUAUGUUACGAAUAAAAAUGUGUAAUGCUUUAAUA